CUGAAUAUAACUCUGGGGAUUUCCUGACAUGUUCGUAUCAGGAGUAUUAUUUGUUAAACUUUUAUACUCUGUCUUUUUUCUUUGGAGUCAGUAAAGAUGGCAGAGGGAUCUUUCUCAGCUACAGAGAUGUCAGAGAGCAGCUCCAGAGAAGAGGAUCCAGUGAUCCUGAUUCUUCUGAUCGGCAGAAAGGGUUCUGGGAAAAGCUCAUCUGGAAACACAAUACUGGGAGAAAAGAGGUUUAAAGUAGGUUUAAAGCAUGAAGCUGAAAUUCAUGAGGAAGUAACUCAGAUCAGAGGGAAGCAGGUCUCUGUGAUUGAGUGUCCAGAUCUACUGGAUCCAGAUCUGAAUGAAGAGCAGCUGGAGAUGAUGAAAGAGCAGCUGGUCUCUGGAUGUUCAGCAGGUCUCAGUUCAGUUCUGCUCACUGUUCCUCUGGAGAAACCUCUGCAAAAUGAGCAGGAGAUCCUGGAUUGUAUCAAGUGUUUGUUUGGUCCUGAAGUUCAGAAAUACAUCAUGAUUCUGUUCACACAUGAAUGUGAAUCGGAUCAAACCAUUGCUGAACCUCAGACACAACACGAUCAUGCAGACCUCCAGUGACUGAUGACUGAAUGUGGGGGAAAGUUUCACUGUUUCAAUAACAGAAUUAAAUCAGACGAUCAGAUACAACAACUACUGCAGAAGAUUGAAGGAAAGAUGUUGGAGAACGGAGGGAAAUUUAUCAUGAAACAAUUAAAGAGGAGUAACAGCAAGGCCAAUCUUGUCAAUUUUUCAGGAGAGUCUCCAGCAGCAGAUCCAGAUCUGUGAUUCCUAAGAGAAAAGACCAG